AUGUGGCGUCGCGUAGGGUUGUUCGCUGUCCUCACUGGAGCGGCUCUGCCUCUGAGCUCGGCCUCGAGCGCCGCGCACCUCACUAUGAUGGUGUCCAAAGACUCCACGACAAGUGCUUCGAACACUUCGAAUUCCGUGGAAGAGGUCGAGGCCGGGACGGUCUCAGCCGCUGACGCCGACAGUCUGCCUCCCUCGACGGCCAAAACUCCCAAACCUGACGAUAGCGCGCCUGCCGCCAAAGACAAAGGCAGCGACGCUGGCGAGUGGCACAUGGCGGCUGUCACGUCGGUGCAAGCGCGUGUCCAGGGCGACGCGCCCGUGUGGAACGAAGCCGCCAAGAUGUGGCUGUCCAAGUUUGGCGACACGACGGAGCUCGCGUACAUGAACAACUUGGACACUGUCAACACGGCGUCCGUCGAGGGCGCGCUGAUGUUUGUCCAAGCGGAAGGCAUCAACGUGAACGAGCAGUCGGUCAAGUGCCAGCGCAAGAACAACAUGCAGUACGUCGUGUUCUACGAAGUGACGAUCGUGCAGCCGACGUACGGGAUCAAGUACUACGAGAAGCACACGCCGCCAGAGUACGGCGAGUUCGUGGCCAUGGACGGCGCCAAGUGCACGAACGAAGGCAGUGACUUGAGCGAGCACUGCAAAGUGUACUACGGCCUCGACGGGACGGUCGACGUUGGUCCAAUGGUAGGCGCGAACCUGCAGACAGCGGACCCGCGGGCGCCGUACCCUGGCAACUACUGGUUCUCGUACCCGGGCUCGUGUGCGCAGAAGCUGCGUGCGGACAAGACGGACGAGUGUCGAGCCGAGUAUCCCGGCGGGUUGUGUGCCAUGGGCGUCCAGCCCGACGGCGACAACUGCACGUUCAGCUACAAGAUUCUCGGCUACCUGAACAUCGACGACCUGGUCGGGAUCACGGAGAUGGGCUACGGCAACUACACGGACUUUUGUGCGGACGGCGGUGUGGAGUUCAAGGCGUCAAACACGGGCAGCGGCUUUGACGUGGAGGAGUCGAUCGGGUUCUGGGAGAAGCCUGGCGAUGAGGCCGCGAAUUCGAAUCGCACGGACACUAUGGUGGAGAUCUACAACAAGCUCGUGAGUGAUGGGACGAGCUCCAACAUGGAGGCACUUCCAUCGAUUGAUGAGCUGACGUCGGCGAACCCCAAGUGCUACGAGAACAGCCAGGCGUGCGCCACCUCUCAGUACGGCUGCAACCGGACGCUGUAUUCGCAGGUCUGUACCGUGUGCUCGUCCGAAGCGGACGGCUGUGAGGCUGCUCCAUCGACGUUUUCGUUCCCGGAGCUGAAACUGCCUGCCAACUCGUCAAACAGCUCGUCGAGCCUGACCGCUAACGGUACACCGGGAGGCAGAGUGACGUCAUCGGUAGCCUCGGUCCUUCUGGGUCUUGCAGCUGUCCUCGCUAGCAGUCUGCUGUAG